CGCCCCGCCCUAUAUCAACCGUUCUUUUCCAACUGCCUUGCUGAGGCGGCGGCUGUCCGACCAGUCAGGCUUCGAGUUCGCUCACACGCUCUAUUUGCUUUCCCCACCCUACGUGCGCGGGGACGCAAAAGGCGGGAAAAUAACCUCCAAGUCUAAGGGAGUUUCUGAAGGGGUGGGAGGUGAGGAAGAAGCUCUCAAAAUCCAUCUUUGUUCUAGUGACAAAAAGGAAACUACACAAUGAGGAAAGUGAUUACAACUUUGCGGGAAUUCUCAGACCAUGACCUGGUGCACUUCUUCAUAAGACCUCAGAUCAUUGCUCGGAUGCUGGCAGGGGUUUUAUCCCUGACUAUCUUUGCCUCCUUGGUGACGGAAGGUUAUCAGAACCUGACAAAUUCUUCCCAACUACACUGUGUUUUGAAUGAUAAUGGGACAGCCUGCUGCUACGGCAUCACAGUUGGCAUACUCACCUUCCUCCAUUGUCUUCUCUUUUUGGGUUUUGAUGUCUAUGAACCUUCCAUUACAACUCACAAAUUCAAAUAUACCAUCCUUGUCCUGGAUGUCACCUUCUCCAUUAUCUGGACAUGCCUGUGGUUUGUUGGGUUCUGCUUCCUAGCCAAUCAGUGGAUCAGAUCGACAAGCCACUACCUGCUGGGAACUGGUGCUGCCCGAACCAGCAUCACCUUUGCCGUCCUCUCCGUUCCAUGCUGGGUGUACCUGGCCUAUGUGGCUCUGAAAAACCUGCAGGCUGAGCCACCUGUUCCUUACAAGCGGACCUUGGAUGAAGGAUCUGUUGCAUUGACCACCCUUUCAUCUUCCACUAGCACUUCCCUUCCAAACAAUAUGGGUUACCCUGAAAAUGUGGGUGUAGCCUCCUACCCAUCCACUCCUGUACCCCACCGGCUGACAUUAAUGAAUACUGAUGACUAGGCAAUUAUUAAUUUCACAGUAAAUAAAAAGGGGAUAGAAAGAGAA